UGAAAACAAUUACAUCGCUCGACGAGCCGUCUCCUGUACAUCCCACUCUUGUCGACGCCCAACCGCUCUCUAGGGUUUCUAUUUCCCGUCUAUUCCAUCGCGUUUCCUCCACCUCUCCAAUCUCAGCACGACCAACGGAGAAGGAGAUCCGAACGAUCCGUCUCUUCCAGCGUAAUCCACGGAGAGACGAAAGGGGAUAGUGGUUUGAUUUGGUAUCCUCUGUCGGAUGCAGCUGAUGGCCAAGACCAAGCCCGGGAAGAAGGACCUUGAUUCCUACUCCAUCAAGGGUACCAACAAGGUCGUCAAAGUGGGGGACUGCGUGCUGAUGCGGCCGGCGGAGUCAGAGAAGCCACCGUACGUGGCACGGGUGGAGAAAAUCGAGGCAGACCACCGCAACAAUGUGCGCGUCCGCGUCCGGUGGUACUACCGCCCCGAGGAGUCCAUUGGUGGCCGCCGGCAGUUCCAUGGUGCCAAGGAGCUCUUUCUCUCCGACCACUAUGACGUGCAGAGCGCACACACCAUCGAGGGCAAGUGCACGGUCCACUCCUUCAAGAACUACACCAAGCUGGAGAAUGUUGGUGCCGAGGACUACUUUUGUCGCUUUGAGUACAAGGCGGCCACUGGGGGCUUCACUCCUGACCGUGUCGCGGUGUACUGCAAGUGUGAAAUGCCUUACAACCCUGACGAUCUCAUGGUCCAGUGUGAGGGAUGCAAGGAUUGGUUCCAUCCAUCUUGCAUGGGCAUGACAAUUGAACAAGCAAAAAAGUUGGAUCACUUUCUAUGCUCUGAUUGUGUCUCUGAAAAUGAUGCCAAAAGAUCUAUGAAUGGGUUUCCAACUUCACCAGUUUCUGAAGCCAAGGCUGAACCCAAGCGGCGGAAGAGGUAGAUUUGGCCUCUGAGGAUAUAUGCGUUUUAUAAGAGAUAACCCGUCUUGUUGGUAAGAUGAAAUUGUACAGAGCAGAGAACAGACUGCUUGAAGAGAAAACCAUUGUCAUGUUUAUGAACUUAUGAAUGUUUAUAGUACUGCUCUUCUCACCCUUUUAAUUAUGUUCUACUUGUAAUAAAGCAGCAAAUGAAAAGAAAAAUAAGUGUGCCGAUAUAUGGCAAAUUUAACUGACUAUAAA